AUGGAACAAAGAGGUAACAAAUCGAUGAUCAAUCUGCGUGGUGGGAAGGACCGACAGAGUUCCCACUUUUUGGCUAAUCUCGAUUUACCUAGUAUAGAGAGCGCCUUAAAUUAUACGAACUUUCACCUGACUUGUGGCGCUCUCUUUCCACCGGAAGAAAUUAAGCAGAACGAUUGGAGGAUAAAGAAUAUUUUCGAAUUGUUGGAUAACGAUUGCGAUGGCAUUCUGAAGGGACAAGAAAUAAAAAUAUUUCAUGAUUGGUUGCGUACGAUUGUCGAGCCCGUGAGUGCCCUGCUGAUCGUGGAUGUGCAAAACGAUUUUAUCACCGGAUCUUUAGCUCUUCGUAAUUGCGGAUGCAAUCAGGAUGGUUUGGAUGUGGUGGGACCGAUAAAUCGUCUGACGAAAAAUGGCCAGUUCGAUGAAAUUAUUUACACGUUGGACUGGCAUCCCGAAAAUCAUAUCAGUUUUCACGAAAAUUUGCAUCUACGAGAACUGCAUUUGGACUCGAAGGUGACAAAAGAAAAUGCAAAGCUGUUCGAUACCGUGAUCUUCGCCGAGCCCUAUUUGGAGCAGAUACUCUGGCCCAAGCAUUGUGUUAUGGAUACGUGGGGAUCUCGAUUGCACAAAGAUCUCGUGAUCGCGCCAGAUUCGAAGCAGUUACGAAAGGGCCUGAAUCCGGAUGUAGAGGUUUAUUCGAUAUUCGGCGAGAAAGAUGCUACGGAUUCGAACGAGGUGCACCGGAUUCUGCAUGAAUCUGGCGUCACGCAGGUAUUUGUCGGCGGUAUAGCUUACGAUGUAUGCGUGAAAGCCACUUGCUUGGACGCGCUUCGAUUAGGAUAUUCGGUGGCGGUGAUCGACGACUGUUGCCGCGGCGUCGAUGUAAAUGGUAUUCAGGCUACGAGGAGGUUGAUUACCGAGAACGACGGCCUGGUCAUUAACAGCGACGACGUUCUGUCGCUGGUGAACAGGGAAAAACGGAGUCUUAUCAUGAGCCAUAAAUCCGCAAAAACGAUGGCCUCGAUUGCGUUCCAUCGAACUAACGCGAACGUUUUCGAUUGA